GCAAACGAAAAAGACGAAGACCGCAUGCUAUGGUUUUUCGGAGAUUUUUCGAAUUCACGAUCUUAAAGUCAUAGGAUUCACAGCAAAUAUAGAAACAAAUAUCUCAAUUGGUAUUUUCCAAAGCCACGAAACGUGCAUUGAGUUUGGAGCGAUAUCUGAAGUGAAGAUUGAAGACGUGAUAGAAGAUGGACGACUACUGCUAUGCUAAGAUGGCGACGUCCGCUAAAAGAGAACAUGAAAGAGAAUCAGCGCCACCAACUUCCAGCAAAUCACCAACGGAGAUAAAGACGAAAGAUGAAGACGUCCAGCAGCUGAUCGGUAAUCCAGAAGAUGUUUCCCCUCAGUUAGGGGGGAGCUCCACUUUGAAGCAGGAGGCUUCACAGCCCCCUCACAUUAAAAAGGAAGAGGAGGAACUCUGCAUCACUCAGGAGGGAGAGUGUCUUCUAGGACGAGAGGAAGCUGAUUACACCAAGUUUCCACUGAGUAUUAUCUUUGUGAAGACUGAAGAUGAUGAAGAGAAACCACAAUUAGACAACCUCUUAGCUCCACUAUCAGAUAGUGAGGCUGAAGACGAGGUUGAAGAACCUUUGAGCAGCGAUACAGACUGUGAAGGUGAUAUGAGGACUCACACUGACAACAAACACUCUGAAUGCUCUUCAAAGAAGACAAGUGAAAAAUGUUUGAGCUGCUCGGUUUGUGGCAAAAGCUUUUCUCAAAAUAGCUCUUUGACUCAACACAUGAGAACACACACAGGUGAAAAACCAUUUAGUUGUUCAGUUUGUGGCAACAGCUUUUCUCAAAAUAGCUCUUUGAAGCGACACAUGAGAACACACACAAGGGAAAAAACAUUUAAUUGUUCAAUUUGUGGCGAUAGCUUUACUCAAAAAAGCCAUUUGACUCGACACAUGAGAACGCACACAGGAGAAAAACCAUUUAAGUGUUCAGUUUGUGGCAAAAGCUUUUCUCAAAAUAUCUCUUUGACUCAACACAUGAGAAUGCACACAGGAGAUAAACCAUUUAAUUGUUCAGUUUGUGGUGAAAGCUUUUCCCGAAAUACCUAUUUGACUCAACACAUGAGAACACACAACGGUGAAAAACCAUUUAAUUGUUCAGUUUGUGGCAAAAGCUGUUCUGUUAAGAGAUAUUUGACUGAACACAUGAGAACACACACAGGUGAAAAACCAUUCAGUUGUUCAGUUUGUGGCAAAAGCUUUUCUUUUAAGGGCAGUUUGAUUGAACACAUGAGAACACACACAGAUGAAAAGCCAUAUAAGUGUUCAGUUUGUGGCAAAAGCUUUUCUGUUAAGAGAAUAUUGACUCGACACAUGAGAACACACUGGACUAAGACCAUUUAAUUGUUCAGUUUGUGGUAAAAGCUUUCCUCUAAACAGCUCUUUGUGUCGAGAACACACACUGGAGGAAAAACAUUUAGUUGUUCAGUGUGCUGUAAAAGGUUCCCACAUAAUGCAGACGCAGUAAAACACAAAAGAACACACAAGGGAAAAUAACCAAUUAGCUGUUUAGUUUGUGGUAUGUUGCUCAUAUGUGGUGACAUCCACCCUACCCAGGACCUCCUCACUGCUUCUUUCACAAAUAUCUGAGGUAUUCAUACAAACUUGAAUUAUUUGGAGCAUAAUCUUAUCUACUCAUGACCCCAUGUCUUCUCUGUAUCUGAAACCUUCCUGAACAGUAAGAUAGAUGACGCUUCAAGUGCUUGGUUACUCCUUCUUCAGUCCAGGGACCUGGGGCCUCAUGUGUCAAGUUUGUGCACGCUCAAAAACCUGCACUACACCCUUUUUCACUGCAAAGUUGAGAUGUAUCAAAACUGAUGUUGACGCAUAAGUGAUGCGGAUAACUGUUCCCAUAAAAAAGUGACAACUUUUACCCAACCCCCACCUCCCGCGACAUUCGGGCAUAACAGGUUCAAUCCGGCCCGCGAGAUGAGUUUUGUGAAGUGUAAAAUUCAGCUGCAUUUUUUAAUGAAAGAAACUGCUGUUCUAAAUGUGUCCACUGGAUGUCGCAAUAGCAAUUCUGUUAGGCAAGCAAAUAGUUCAUACCAGGGUGAGCAAGUAUACCAAGCAAGAGGUACACGGUAAAGCGGGGCUGUGACUCCUCCCCCUCCACCCAACGUAAAACAGGAGUAAAAUAAGCAAUCAGUAACCCCACUUAAAAUGCAGCAUGAGACACUGCACACUGAUAUAGUUCUGUGAAAAUGAUUGUCUUCUGUGCAAAUGUAAAGAAAGUGAACAGUGUGUGAUUUACUGCAAUACUGUCAGUCUUUUAACUUUUUAUUUGUGCUUUGUUGAAAUUGUUCACACAUUGCACAGCUUUUAUUUUUCUAUCAAUACACAUUAUGUCUAGAAGACAGGAAGUAACUCAACACUCUUGAAUAGUUUCUACCUCAGUUUGUAUGGUUUGUUGAGUUAGCACAGGAUUAAUAUGUGGAAAUGACAAAUGAGGUAGUUGAUUCAUAGAAUAGUUUUUUAUUCAUGCUUUAUUUUAGUUUUUGUUCAAUCCUAGAAGGGUUGUGACUUAAAGUUGAAUUGCUUUGUAGAAACACUUAGAUUAAGUCUAAAUUCAUUGUGUUCUUCAAGCAUACUUGCCAACCUUGAGACCUCCGAAUUCAGGAGAUGGGGGGUUAAGGGGGCAGGAGUAUAUUUAUAGCUAGA